UCACCAGCUAUGCUUUAACACGUCCACUAGGCGUCGUAGUCUGUAAACAGCGCCAUAUGUUUGGCCGACGCUGAUUGGAUAAAAGUAUCCUACGUCACUACCGUCUUUCUCUUUGACCACCGCCAUAGUGGGGAAAGGACUGUGGCCAAAAUGUCGUCCCACAAGACAUUCAAGAUUAAGCGUUUCCUCGCCAAGAAGCAGAAACAGAACAGGCCGAUUCCUCAGUGGAUCAGAAUGAAGACCGGCAACAAGAUCAGGUACAACUCCAAGAGGAGACACUGGAGGAGGACUAAGCUUGGCCUGUAAACAUGAGUGUUCCUGGAUCCCAGCAUCUCAACAUCUAAAGGGCCUGACCACAGAGAGGGAGCCGUUAUUAGGAGCACCGUGUAUUUUGUACAGAUGCUCAUGUUUGACAAUAAAAGAUCUGUGAUCAAACUUGAAAUAAA